CUCGCUGAGCCUCCUCAUUUGGGAUCUGGGAAUGUGUCCUCAAGUGAACUUAUCAUACUCUUUGCUAAGUUUCCCCCCCUGAAGCUACCUAUCAAGGCCUGCAUAGACCAAGAUAAUGCGUCUCACUCACACGCCAACCAAUAACUUCUUGCCAAGUCAUCGUAGUCGGAUACACACUUUGAGAUACGAUUCUCGUCACCCGCGUCUGUGUUUCGGUCUGACUCUCGGCUCAAUCUAACAGAAAAAGACGAAUACGUUGACUUUGAUGAAUACGAUAGAUUGUAGCUGCCUCAAACGUCAAGUCGAUGCAACACCUCGCCAUCGCAGGCCCACCGGUGGCGCCACUGGCAUUAUGCAAUCCUCACGCAUCUGUGAGGCGACGCAUGACGAUGAGCCUUUGGUUUGCGUUCUAUGAAUUGCGUAUGAUGUUGGUUACCGUACGCCGAUAAAGUUCCCUGUAGACUUCCACGGCGUUUCCUAUUUUGCCGGAGUCCGCCAAGGCCCCAGCCAGCUCGUUGGAAGGUCUCCAGAGUGCGAAUGGCAUCCCUGGGUUGGACUGCGGACGUACGAUGUAGCAUCCUCCUCCCAAAACAUAACGAGGAUGUUGAUAAAAGACCAGACACCACGUAAGAAACUGCCGAAUAAUUUGCCGUCGACGUGAUAGACUUCGUUCAUGGUCAGGCCUUGUGAAGGCGGUUUCAGGAUGUCGGUACACCGGGCCGUACACCGAGGUCGGACGGACGAGGAUUCGCAGGGAAGCUGGGAUGAGCUUGAAAAACUGUAAGUUCCUCCUUUGUUUGACGUGUUGCGCGAAUGGGACGAGCCAGAUGUUCUACUGAUGUGGUGGGAUACGUUCAUAUUGUGCCGUCAAGCUGUUACCCGAGGGGGAACCAGCCGAGGUUGACAUCUCGUGUAAGGGGUUUACAGUUCGUUAGCCGCCUGCAUUUCGGUCUACGUGCCCGUUGCUUCGCAAGAAGCCCGAGUUUCACUUUUAUCUUUUCUACGUUGUGAUCAUGGAAAGACGUGGCUGGAUCGGGUUCACAACAGCCUUGUGGAUGCCACCAUCAGGUUUUCCUUGGUCAUCCCAAGAGUUGUUGGCUCGAUAAACCGGUCACUUGUCACUCUGCACGGUUGCUCGCUUUUGGUUGAUUAUCGUUGUCGGGACAAAAACACCGAAACAAAAAACUGGAUGCGGGGUCAGAAGACAGAACUCGACCGCGCGGGGAACACAGCACCUGCAAAAGCCUGCUCGCUUCGGAGCCUCCACCUCUUUUGCACACAGUCUCUCGUCCGUUCUGCCGCUGCUUUCAAAGCGAGAACUUGGGCUGAGUUCAAGGGCGAAUUGUAACAAUCCCGAAGCCCCGUGACGUCGUCGGCUGACGCCAGUCGGGAGACACCCAUCGGAGCAAAUGUUGACCUACGCACACGAGAGCGAGUCUCUACGCUCGAGGCUACUUGGCGUUGAGCUUGGGCGCGUCGUGCAGUUUCGAGGGAUUCCGUACGGCAGGAUCCCGUUGCGUUUCGCAACGCCUGAGCCAGUGAACAAUGUACCGUCCGAACUCGACUGCACUAGCUUUGGGCCCCGAUGUCCGCAAGUACCAGUUGACGUUGGAUAUCUCUUACGUAUCCCUAUUGAGCACAGGCUGCCCGUCGAGCCCGAAGACGAGUUCGGGUGUCUCAACCUGGACGUCACGGCGCUCAGAUCGCAUCUGUCGCCUGGCAGGGAGCAAUUGCCCGUUGCGGUCUGGAUACAUGGUGGCUCGCAAGCCGUCACUUUUGGAAGCGCCGCUUCCAGCGUUUGUGACGCGACGGGUCUUGUGGAGGCUUCUGCGAACUGGGCCAAACCUAUCGUCUUCGUGACAGUGCAGUAUAGACUAAACAUCUUUGCGUUUGGGGAUGGGAACAGCUCAAGGAACCUAGCCCUGAAAGACCAAGCCCUGGCUUUGAGUUGGGUCCGAAGCCAUAUAUCCAGUUUCGGAGGCGACCCGGGGAACAUCUCGCUUGCCGGAGAAAGUGCCGGAGCAGUCUAUUGUCACGCUCAUCUAAUAGCAGGCGCUCGGGUAAAGGGGGCCAUCCUCUCCUCCGGCUCUCUGUACCUUUCCCCCCCUCAGCCGGAGGAAAAAGCGCUCACCCUGCGCGAAACCUUGCGAGGACACCUCCAUGCGCUGGGCGACUUUGACCUUGGCACCGCUCCUGUGGGUGUGCUAGUGAAGGCUAUGGAAGCGUCCAAAAUACCGUCAUGGUUCCUGCAGGCGGAUCCCACCCUCGAGGGGUGGCAAACCAAGAUAGGGGCGGCAGAGAGGCUAAUGAUAGGGGACGUACAGAACGAGUCUGUCAUCUGGCGCGAAGGCGUGUGGGCAAUGGACACCUCCGCCAUCGUCGACGCGUUCAGCAAGGCCGGUGACCAUCAGGAAGCGCUGAAGAGGCACUACAACAUUCGCCCCGACAGAUCCUCAUCAUGUAAAAUCGGAGCGUUGGACUUCAUCAAUGACUACAAGUUUCUGCUCCCGGCGGAGGAGAUUGCGCGGCUGUCCAGGGCAACAGGCAGACCGACGUAUCGUUACCUCGUCGACGAGCCGAAUCCCUGGCAACCGUCCAACGGCGCCCACCACGCGGUCGAUCUACUUUUUCUCUUUGGUGGGUUCGGUCUCUCUUCACCUUCUUUUCCCAACGCACAGAAGACAGGAGAGCAUAUGCGCAGGGCCUUGGUCGCGUUUCUCCAUGCCCAGGAGCCGUGGAAUCCUGGGCGCCAUGCCGCUUUUGGGCCUUACGGGAUGUUCCAAGAGCUUGAUAGCGUCGGCGUGGGAUGUCGAAGACGGAUGGCGGCAAUAAAGUUCUUGCAGGGUGUCUCGUCUCAGGUCCUGGACAAGGUGUUCUUCGCUUUAGCUGUCGGCAGAAUUAGUUUGUCCAACUGAUGACAGAGUUAACAACGACACCAUUCUUGUGGACUAGACUAGGUGUUUUUCGAUUUGCUUGCAAACUCAUGCCACUUAGAUGAUCCCACAUGCCCACUGUUUGGUUGCCACCGCUCAAGACCAGACACACGUCUGACUCGUUCAACCAGAGGCUGAGCCCAUCGAUGCUCAACUGAACUCAUGUACAUAGUAGCAGUAGCCACGGUUAUGUGUGGUAUGCAACUCGCAAUGCUACCUG